GCGGCUUGCCGUUUGUGGAAACCCAGGAUCGGCGCGGAAGGACGGUGGGCAUCGCGGUUUGCAGCAGUGAGUGUGGCGUUGAAAAUAUAGAAGCGAUGGACUCUUGGUGGAACAAACCAACUAUCACUCAUGUUCUGGUGGCUCUGUUUGGGAUGGGUUCCUGGAUUUCAGUGAACUCUCUCUGGGUUGAACUGCCAGUGGUGGUCAGUGUUCUUCCUGAAGGUUGGGAUUUGCCUGCUUAUCUCUCCGUGUUAAUAGCCUUUGGAAAUCUGGGUCCAGUGGCUAUGACUCUGACUCACCAUUUUGCUCCUGGAAGGCUCAGUGAACGACUGGUCAUCUACAUCAUUCAGUCCCUGGCAGUGGUGGCUUCUGCCUUCCUUGCCAUCUUUUGGUCCCAGGUGGUCAGUGUGUCAGGGAAGAUGCACUCUUUGCCUUAUCUGCUUUUGGCAUUUGUGUUGGCACUGGUCUGCUGUACCUCCAAUGUCACUUUCCUGCCAUACAUGUACAGGUUUCCACCACAAUUCAUUCGUACGUUUUUUGUUGGCCAGGGCCUCAGUGCACUGUUUCCCUGUGUGGUGGCUCUGGGGCAGGGUGUAGGGAAGCUGGAAUGCUUGAACAGCACUUUGGGGAAUGGCACCUUAGAACCACACUACCUUAAGGAAAAAUUUCCAGCUCAGAACUUCUUCUGGUUCUUGUUUGUCAUGCUGGUGAUCUCUGGCAUUUCUUUUGCGGCCUUGACUCUCCGGGUCCCAGCUGGAACGGUCCGAACUGAAAAUGAAGAACCUGACACGUCUUCAGAUAAAGAGAUUGAUGAGAGAGACAAGUUACAAAAUGGAGGGACCCCUGUGUCUGAAGGCCAGGUAGAAGUACUGCAUACUGUCCCAGCAGAGACUUUCUGGACAUCACGCAACAUCUACCUGCUCUUGUUGCUUGGGGUAUCCAAUGCACUUUCAAAUGGAGUGCUUCCUUCAGUGCAGAGCUUCUCCUGUCUACCCUAUGGCACCAUGACCUUCCAUCUCUCGGUUGUCCUCGGCAACAUUGCCAAUCCUUUGGCCUGCUUUGUAGCAAUGUUUGUACUCUGUAGGUCUAGUGCAGGACUGGGGAUCAUGGCUGCUAUCGGAGGGGUCUUUGCAGCAUACCUCUUGGUUCUUGCAGCCUUCAGUCCCUGCCCCCCACUUUUGGGCACUACUAUGGGAAUAGCUUUAGUGGUCAUAUCCUGGGUCAUAUUCACUGGGUUAUUUUCCUACCUGAAAGUGGUGAUCGGGUCACUUCUGCAUGAAGUAGGACAUGCUGCCUUGCUAUGGUGUGGUGUCUUUAUCCAAGCAGGCUCACUGAUUGGAGCAUUGUCUGUGUUCCCCCUGGUCAGCGUGUACCAUGUCUUUCAAAGAGCAAUGGACUGUGUAGAUAACUGUGCAUAGCAACCAGAACCGGUAACCUUGGACUUGUUAUUUAUAAGGGAAAAUUUAGUGUAGAAGGGUUUGAGACACUGAGAUUGUGAUGUGCUUAUGUUUGGGUGUGUGGGUGUAAUUUUACACUUCUCAGGGGAGAGGUAACAUUGAGGGAAUGACAAAUUUACAUGGGUUAGUAUCUUUUUCACACCCACUAAAACAACUUGCGUUAGUCAAAUGUAGUUUAGAAAUUCAUGAUGAAUUUGAGCCCUUGAUUGCUCUAUAAGUAGACACUGACUUCUGGUCAAUUGAUCAAUGAAAUAUACAAAAUCCUUAUCAGUGCUGCCAUGAUCAGGCUAAGAUUUGUCGCAUCUGAAGUGUAGAAGUAGUUUACAACUGGAAUGGCGCUGAUGUACAGCACUGCUGUCUGGAACGAAUGCUUGAGUCACAAUCAAUCAAAGAAAUCAGCCAGCACCGUAGAGAAUGAGUUAAUAGUAUAUCAUUAUAAAUUCUUAUGUUGUCUAAUAACAGGAUUUUUAAGUUAGCUAAGCAAUACUGUUAUUUUCAGUUGAUAUUUGUUUUGUAAUUGGAAAAACUAGCGAGGUGUCAUACAUGUAUCAACCGUGGUUUCUAGUACACUAUAUGCUUAGUAGCUCUGUUUUGAGAAAAAGGAAUAUACAUUAAGUCUAUAGAAAGAAAUUUUUUAUGAUGUAUGAAAAAUUUAUCCUGUGUUUCGUAAGGAGUCGCAACAGUGAGAAAACCAUUGACAAUAGGAAAGUUUAUUGAAUAAAUAUUCACUUUUAUGAACAUGUUAAAACUGUGGAAGACCUAAAAUUGGUUAAUGGAAAUAAAAGGGACUUUUGGCGAUGAAUGAGGGCAGGGGCCAUCUGGUGAACUUGGAAUUUAUCUAUUUAGAAUGUAUACAGUGUUAAGCCUUCAGAAAUGGUAUAGGAGUUUCAAUCUGUAGCUUACGAUGAUGGUUACAAUGACAGUUAAUGUUUUACAGAAGCUGUUUCCAGUUUCUCUUCAGAAAUCCUCCAUCGUACUGACUCUAAAAAUGAGACAUGUCAUCCGUGUACAGAGCAUUUGAGCUGUACUUGCAUGAUUUGUCUGGGACUAUUACUGAUCAGGUUCUGGCUAAUGCAGGAGUGAAAACAAGUUGCUGAAGUUGCCUGCCUUUCUGCUUCCUGUUACCUUGUGGUAAAUUGUCGGCUUAUUUGUUAGCCUUUGCCAACAUUUUUGACAAGACACAUGCAAGUUUUACCUGUGCUGUCCCUUUAAGAGUUUUCCUGGGGACCUCUAUGCUCAUAAAGUGUCACAGUUUUAUAAACAUAUGCUGCUGACGUUAGAAUUGGAAAGUCUUGUUUAACGAGAAUUGAUUCUUGGACUACUGAAGGCUUUAUUUUGGCCAAUUAUCACCUUAAUUUAGCAUAGUUUUGUUGGAGCAUAGCAUUUUCUGAGCUGUUGGUGAGGUGGAACAUGAGAAUUUACUCUGUCUUUCUUUAUGGUAUAUUAUGGAAAUUUUCUUCUAAAGAAAAACUGUGCCUUUGAAUCACUCCCUCGGGUGUCUGACCCUUGCAAAAUAAUCCAAUUUUUUAUGAUUGCAGACACAGUCUCUAACUUUAUAAUUGCAGUUGA